GUUGUGUAACGGGGGAAAAAAAACAUAAGGACGGAAUUGCCGGUGGGGGUAGUCAGUUAUAUAGAGGGUGUGUCCUCGUCAUUUACUAACCCUCAAACACUGUCUCUUUUCAUAUAACGUUGGAGUCAUGUUCUCGCUUUCGACGACGUUCCAGCCGCUGCAGAUGACAAUACCCCUCAGUCAACUCAUCAAUGCCCUCCAUUCCUUGAAGAGCGCUGGCAGCUCUGCAGCCACAGCAUCAGUACAGAGUUUGCAGAACGUCACUCUCGAACAUAAUUCACAACUAAAAGAGCAUAAUGUUAGCCUGAGGGACCUGGGCCUGUCAGACCUAAAGGUGGAUCAACUAGAUGAUCUGGUUAGCAGGUUACUGCCGGUACCGGGACCAGAGAAUCCUCCGGUGGUUCCUUCAUCAUGGAGGACUUCCUAUGUCUCUGCAGACACUUUCUUCCAGAACAAGCAUGGGUUUUCACAGAGAAAGCUGGGUAUUUUUUGUUCACCAUUAUUCUAUAGACAAUACCACAGUCCUCUAAAAGCUGUUUGCUCAGAUCUGCACUACUUGCCUGUAUGGGUCCAGAAUCGGGGUUUCAAGACACUGAGGUCCAAGACUAGACGUAUGGAGUCUGGUUAUGAUGCUCCAGUAGAGUCAGAGGCUUACACUCCAGCCUUCAUGAAGGGACUACUCAUGAGGGAAAAGGGUCCAGAGGCACAGUCACUGGACCAAGUGAUUAAACAGAAGAACCUCCCAGAGAGCCAGCAGGAUGCCUUUAAGACCGGUUUCACAGAGGGCUUCAUGAGGUCCCAGGCCUUAACUCAGAGAACACAAGAUUCUCUAAGGAGGACCAGGUUGAUCCUGCUAGUCCUGCUCCUUGUCGGUAUCUAUGGCUUGUCAAGAACCCCGUUUCUAUCGGUGAGGUUUCGCACCACAUCCGGUCUUGACUCAGCAGUGGAUCCCAUCCAAAUGAAGAAUGUGACAUUUGAGCAUGUCAAAGGAGUGGAGGAGGCCAAAAAUGAACUUCAAGAUGUCGUUGAGUUUCUCAGGAAUCCCCAAAAGUUCACCGUUCUGGGUGGAAAACUACCCAAAGGGAUCCUUCUGGUUGGUCCGCCAGGCACAGGAAAAACUCUGCUGGCUCGUGCUGUUGCUGGGGAGGCAGACGUGCCUUUCUACUAUGCCUCUGGAUCAGAGUUUGAUGAGAUGUUUGUUGGUGUUGGUGCUAGCCGCAUCAGAAACCUCUUCAAAGAGGCAAAAGCUAAUGCUCCUUGUGUAAUCUUUAUCGAUGAGUUGGACAGUGUUGGUGGUAAGAGAAUUGAAUCUCCCAUGCACCCUUACUCCAGACAAACCAUCAAUCAGCUGCUGGCUGAGAUGGACGGGUUCAAACCAAACGAGGGUGUAAUCGUCAUUGGUGCUACAAAUUUUGCGGAGGCUUUAGAUAACGCUCUGAUAAGGCCAGGGAGGUUUGACAUGCAGGUGACUGUCCCUCGCCCUGAUGUGAAAGGACGUACAGAAAUACUCAACUGGUACUUGUCAAAGAUCAAAGUGGAUCCUGCAGUGGAAGCAGAGAUCAUUGCCCGGGGCACAGUGGGCUUCUCUGGUGCGGAGCUGGAGAACCUGGUCAACCAGGCAGCCCUAAAGGCUGCUGUGGAUGAGAAAGAGAUGGUCACAAUGAAGGAUCUGGAGUUUGCCAAGGACAAGAUUCUCAUGGGCCCUGAGAGGAGGAGUGUAGAAAUUGACAAGAAAAACAAAACCAUUACAGCCUACCAUGAGUCAGGCCACGCCAUUGUUGCCUACUACACCAAAGAUGCAAUGCCCAUCAAUAAAGCCACUAUCAUGCCAAGGGGCCCAACUCUUGGCCAUGUGUCCAUGCUGCCAGAGAAUGACCGCUGGAGUGAGACACGAGCCCAGCUGCUCGCUCAAAUGGAUGUCAGCAUGGGUGGCCGUGUAGCGGAGGAACUGAUCUUUGGUGAUGACCACAUCACCACUGGAGCAUCAAGCGACUUUGAUGGAGCAACCAAAAUUGCAAAGAUGAUGGUGACCAGGUUCGGAAUGAGUGACAAGCUCGGUGUCAUGACCUACGCAGACAUGUCGAAACAGAGCCCCGAGACGCAAGCUGCCAUCGAACAGGAAGUCAGGGUUCUACUCAAGGAUUCAUAUGAGAGAGCUAAGAGCAUUUUGAAAACCUACAAUAAGGAGCAUAAGAAGCUUGCUGAUGCCCUGUUAAGAUAUGAAACACUGGAUGCCAAAGAGAUCCAGCUGGUGCUAGAGGGCAAAUCACUGGACCACUAGAUACCUCAGCAGACAAGACAUUUUUUUAAUCUUGUUUUCUUGUUUUAUGUAUAUAGCCUACAUAGCAGUUCAAUUGAGCACAGGCCUUUUUUAGGGCUUAGUGUUUGUUUUUUUCCAGUUGUUUCUCUUUCUGGUUCAAGUAAUGAUACACUGAUGAGUCAAAAAAUUAUGACCACUCACAGGUGAACUGAUCAUCUCCAAACAAGGGCAUAUGUUAAGGUCACGGUAAAUAAGAUGACAAGUGAACGAUCAGUUCUCAUACUCAAUGUAUUGCAUGCAGGAGUAAAGACCUGUGCAACUUUGACAACGGCCAAAUUGUUAUGGCCAGACAACUGGGUCAGAGCAUCUCUGAAACGGCAAGGCUUGUAGGGUGCUCCUGGUCAGCACUGGUGAGUACGUACCGACAGUGGUCCAAGGAGGGACAAGCCAGAAACAGGGUGUUGGCCGCCCAAGGCUCGUUGAUGCUCAAGGGCAACGAAGACUAUCCCAUCCGGUCCAAACUGACAGAAGGUUUACUGUGGCACAAGUCACAGAAAAUUGUAAUGAUGGUUAUGGGAGGAAUUUGUCACAACACACAGUGCAUCGCACCCUGCUGCCUAUGGAGCUGUUUGGCCACAGACCGGUCAGAGUGUCCAUGAUAACCCCACCGUCCAAAGCGCCUACAAUGGGCAUGUGAGCAUCUGAACUGGACCUUGGAGGAGUGGAACAAAGUUGCCUGUCCGAUCAUUCCCGUUUUUGUUUAGAUCACAUGGAUGGUCAUGUACAUGUGCGCCGUUUACCUGGAGAAGUGAUGGCACUAGGAUGCACUGUGGGAAGACGACAAGCUGGUGGAGGGAGAGUGAUGCUCAGGGCAGUGUUCUGUUGCGAAACGCUGGGUCCAGGUACACCCCUUCAUGACAAUGAUAUUUCCUGAUGGCAGUGGCCUCUUUCAGCAGGAUGAUGCUCCCUGCCACACUGCACACAUUGUUUGGAAUAUGAUGAAGUGGUCAAUGUGUUGCCCUGGCCUCCAAAGUCUCCAGAUCUCAAUCUGGUUGAGCUUCUGUGGGAUGUGCUGGAUCGACAAGUCCGAUCCACGACGGCUCAAUCUUGCUACUUACAGGACUUGAAGGAUCUGCUAAUGUUUUGGUGCCAGAUAUCACAGGAUCCCUCCUCUGUUGCUCUCCCUAAGGUUUCUUCCUAUUUUUUUCUCCCUGUUAAAGGUUUUUUUUAAUUUUUUUUUUUAGGGAGUUCCUUCUCCAAUACGAAGGUCUAAGGACAGGAUGUUGUGUUGCUGUAAAGCCCCUUGAGGCAAAUUUGUAAUUUGUGGUAUUGGGCUAUACAAAUAAAAUUGACUUGAUUUGACACCUCCAGGCGUCUUGUAGAGUCGAUGCCUUGGUGGGUCGGUGCUGUUUUGGUGGCACAUGGUGGACCAACAUCAUAUUAGGCAGGUGGUCAUAAUAUUUUGGCUCAUCAGUGUGCAGUGAACUUUUAUUUCAGCCAAAAUUAGUGUGGUUGUUUUAUUUUGAUGUGAUAUUCCUCUUGACCAUAUUACAGACCUCUAUUAGAUGGCAUUUUUAAAGACACUGAGCAGUUGUAAUUGGACAGGAAAUACAUUUCUGUUUUUCAAAUUGUUCGAUAGCUGUUUUGAAUUAGCCUGUAAAUUUUGUUUACCUCUGUUAAAGCGCAAUAUGUUAAGUUUUCAGCAACAUUACACAGACCUCAUAUGUGAUAAUUGAUUUCUCUAGUAGUUUGUGAAAUGUAAUAUUUGGAUGGUGGUCAAAUUCACAAGGAAAACUGGUUACAGAUCAGUCUGACUUGAGGUCAGAUAUAUAAAUGGUCAUAUUCAAUAACAACAUUUUAAAUGUAACAUCUAAUUUAAGAUGUGUACAAAUAGGAAAUUCCCACCAGAACCUUAAUGUACAUGUAGAAUUACUACAGUAUCAAGCAGCUUGAGCUCGCCAUCAUCUCCCAUCUUUUCUCUUCACCUCCCAUCUUUUCUCUAAAUUAUGUAAUUGAGUUGCAUCUACUUUGUUCUACUUUAUUUUUAUAAAGUGCCCAAACAAUGUGUGUGAGCUCUGUUUUAUUUAUUUUUCUUUCUAAAUUAUCAUUAGGCCCUUAUGUACUAUCCUAAGCCCAGUCUGUUAUUGAAAUGUGAGGAGAAAUGUAUAUACUGUAAUUUAAGUGUGUAUAAAUUUCAGGUUCAUUAUCCCAGGACUUGAAAUGGGACUUGUAGAACUUAAAAUAAAAGUUGUUGUAACAAAUGUUUUGCAGAAUAUGAUUAUGUAUAGAAAUGUAUCUUAAAAACGGCAUCUGUAAAUAAGUUGUGAAGAUUAAUUCACACUUCCAUUAAGAUUCAACUCCUAAUUAAA